GGGAGAAAGGCCUUGGGAAAACAACUGGAAAGAAGUUGUGCUAUAAAGGUUCUACGUUCCAUCGUGUGGUUAAAAACUUUAUGAUUCAGGGUGGGGACUUCAGUGAAGGUAAUGGAAAAGGUGGAGAAUCCAUUUAUGGUGGAUAUUUUAAAGAGAAUGUGGUCUUUUGCAAAAUGAAAAGGUAAGAGAACAAAGCUCAGUAACACGAACUCCAAUUCUGUUUCCUUGCACCCUUCCUAAUGAAUUUAUGGACAGUCUGAGUCAGGUUAUGUCUGGAUUUUUAGAUUGCUUGAAGACUUGGAAAUUCUUUGUUAUUUCAUACAUGCAUCUGUAUCUUUUUUCUUUUCCCAAUGGGUUGUUAGUUCUACAUGAGGGAAAAGAAUCUAGUUGUGUUUUUCCCCCUAAACCACACAAUUUCUUUGAAUAAAAGUUGGUAUUUUCUCCUUUCUCAAAGGUUUGUAUGUUUUCUUUUGUGAACUGGAACUAUAUGAUUGUGUUUUAUUCCUACAGUAGUAGCAUUUGCAUAAAUCUAACUAUUGCACUUGCCCCAAAAAGCCUUAGAAAAGUCAGUUGUAGAAAUUUAUACUGGGAUCCAAUAAUACUAGGUUCUAAUACUUACAAAGCUUCAGUGUUAUAAUAGUCUUUUAUAUUUCCUUUGGGAGAAAAUGGAUUACUACUGUUUUUCAGAAGGCUGUUCCCAAGGUAAACAUUUUUUUAAAGUUUUCUAUAUUUCUGUUCAUUUUAAAGGAAGAUUUGCUCAUGUGAAAAUUAACAGGAAAUUUAAGUUAAUUUUAAUGAUACUUCUGCUGGAAUUAAAAUCUAAGUGAUCUUUAUGAGAGUUUUUCCUUAAACUAAUAGGAAGCAGCUGUUUAGCUGUUUAUAUUAGUGUGUAGCAGUUUGAACUUAAUGUUACAGCCCACCUUAAUGAGUUGUUCCCUGUGAUACUUUUGUACCUUAAAAUUGUAUUUUGUUCUUUAAAUUUUAUUUUUAUAAAAUUUUCUUCCUUGUUAUCCCCCAUAUACUUAAUUUAGACAUAUCUCUAAAACCUGAUAUGUUUCUGCUUUUAUAGUCUAGUUUCAAUUCAGUUGAGUAAUAAACUUACCAAAUAAGAAAGAAGCACACAGAUGAGUAUCGAAGUCCGCACAUGUGUAGUGCAUUCAUCAGACUGACUGAAAAAUUUGGAGGAAAUAAGCUUUACUCUAGGGAUUUUUCUAAAAAUUCUUUCUAGUUUUCCCUAAAAAUUGGUAGUUUAUGUAUAUUUAACCAAAGAAUGUUAAUACUAAAAGUGACUAUUCUAAGGCUGUUUGUAUAAAGUAUCAAAUGAAUAUAUGUUCUUCAAAGCUUUAAUUAGUUAGUAUCUUUUGGUCUUUUUAUGCUCUUAUUAUUUGAUUAGUUAAAAUUUUUUUCUAAAUAUUGUCAAGUAUCUGUACUCACCAGAAGAGAAAUUUCAUCCUUUGCUUUCUAUUUACUACUUAAACGUUACUUUAGAAAUGGCUUAUAAUUGGAAACUGACAAAUUUGCGUUUUCUUCAAACAGACGAAAACUUUAUUCUCAAACAUGACAGAGCGUUCCUUUUGUCAAUGGCAAAUCGAGGGAAACAUACCAAUGGUUCCCAGUUUUUCAUUACCACAAAACCUGCUCCACACCUGGAUGGGGUGCACGUUGUCUUUGGACUGGUUAUCUCUGGUUUUGAAGUGAUUGAGCAAAUAGAAAAUCUGAAAACUGAUGCUGCAAGCAGACCUUAUGCAGACGUGCGAGUCAUUGAUUGUGGGGUGCUUGCCACGAAGUCAACGAAAGAUGUUCUUGAGAAAAAAAGGAAGAAACCAAUACAUUCAGAAGACUCGGAUUCCUCUUCCAGUUCCUCUUCCUCUUCAGAAUCAUCUUCAGAAAGUGAAAUUGAACAUGAGAGAAGCAAGAGAAGGAAACAUAAGAGGAGACCAAAAGCUAAACAUUCUAAAAGGAGACGAAAGGAAGUAAGCAGUUCAGAAGAACCAAGGAAUAAACGUGUCAUGAGCCCGAAAGUUCACUCUGAGAGAAGUGAUACCAAUGCAGAAAGACCCGUGGACUCCAGUGCUAAAAGGGAAAAGCCUGUCGUCCGCCCAGAAGAGAUCCCUCCAGUGCCUGAGAACCGUUUUUUACUGAGAAGAGAUACGCCUGCAGUCCCGGUGGAGCCCGAGCCGAAGAUUCCAGAAGUCGCACCCACUAUAAGCGAUCAGAAACCAUCUGUGUCAAAGUCCGGACGGAAGAUUAAAGGAAGGGGUACCAUUCGUUAUCACACACCUCCACGGUCCCGAUCCUGCUCAGAGUCUGAGAACGACGACAGCAGUGAAACCCCUCCUCACUGGAAGGAGGAGAUGCAGAGGCUGAGAGCGUACCGGCCGCCAAGUGGGGAGAAGUGGAGCAAAGGAGACAAGUUAAGUGACCCCUCUUCAAGCCGAUGGGAUGAGAGAAGCUUGUCACAGAGAUCUAGGUCGUGGUCCUACAGUGGGUAUUACUCAGACAUCAGUACAGCAAGACACUCUGAUGGUCACCGUAAAAAACACAGAAAAGAAAAAAAGGUUAAGCAUAAAAAGAAAGCCAAAAAGCAGAAACACUACAGAAGACACAAACAGCCUAAGAAGAGAAGAGUCAUUGUACCGUCUGACAUGGAAUCUUCAAAAUCUUCCACUCGACAGAUGAAGUCCUCUUGUGAUAGAGAGAGGAGGUCCCACUCCUCCUCCUUAUCAUCCCACCACUCAUCAAAGAGGGACUGGUCCAAAUCUGACAAGGAUGAGCAGAGCUCUUCGACACAUUCCAGCAGGGACUCCUACAGAUCCAAGUCUCCCUCUCGGUCCUAUUCUAGAGGGAGCUCUAGAUCAAGGGCUGCAUCAAAAUCCUCAUCACAUUCUCAGAGUAGAUCCAAGUCCAGAUCUAGUUCUAAGUCAGGGCACCGAAGAGCAGCAUCAAAAUCACCAAGAGGAACAGCUUCUCAGUUAAGUGAAAAUAAACCAAUUAAAACAGAGUCUUUAAGAACAGCAGUGCCACAAAAUGAAACUGUAGUAGUACAGGCAGUGGUAACAGAAAGUAUUCCGGUAAUACCACUGAGUGAUAGUCCCCCACCUUCAAGGUGGAAGCCUGGACAGAAACCUUGGAAGCCCUCCUAUGAGCGAAUUCAGGAGAUGAAAGCUAGAACAACUCAUCUGCUGCCCAUGCAAAGUACUUACAGUUUAGCAAAUAUCAAAGAGACUGGUAGUUCAUCAUCCUACCACAAAAGAGGGAAACACUCAGAGAGUGAUCGCAGUGCAUACUCAAAGUGCAGUGGCAGGAGCUCUGAAAGCUCCCCGGGGUCAGGGAGCAGGUCUUCCAGGAGCAGGUCAUACUCUCGGUCCUACACCAGGUCACGCAGUCGAGCUAGUUCACGGUCAAGAUCCGGGUCUCUAUCCUCUCGGUCACGUUCCCGAGGGAAGUGCAGCCGUCGCUCUCGGGGCAGUAGGUCAUCUUCGUACACUUCUGUGAGCAGUGCCGAGGAAAGAUGGUCCAGAAGAACCCUCCGAGCCCGGGGGCGAAGAGGCAACGCUUCUCAUAAAAGACACAGCAGCAGCUCUGAAAAGACACCGCGCAGCACACACACCAAAGGCAGAGGCCGCUCCACACGUCAGAUACGGCGGCACAGCCAGAGCAGGUCCUCUGUGGGUUCUUCUUCAGAGGACGAGCCGGCGGGUGCCCAGGCCACACGUUCAGCCCAGGACAGAGGGAAGCAGAGCAGAGCAGAAACAGGGAGUACUGAUCAGGAGAAAGGCAGAGCUGUGGAGAAGUCUAAGCCUGAACAGGAAUGCUCCCAUUCAAACAAGAGCCGUUCCAGAGAGAGCCUUGCUGACCAUGUCAGGACCAGCAGUAAGCCCAAAAGGAGGAAUUAUGCUGGGAGCAAGUGGGACUCCGGGUCAAAUUCAGAACGAGACGGAGCUAAAGCCAGUAAAAAGGGCUCCCGGAGGUCUUCUGAUAAGGAGGAAGGGGAGGCCACGUCAGAUUCUGAAUCUGAGGUCAGUGCAGUUCAUGUCAAAGCCAAACCCAAGACAAAAUCGGCGAAUGCCUUGCUGCCCGAUGGUGGGACCUGGAAGCCCUGCAGACAGCGGCCCUCUACUUCCGGUUCAGAGGGGUUGGACUCAAACUCUGAAAAUGAUAGAGGGAAGCCCCGUAAGCACAAACAUUCAACAAAGGAGAGUCUUAAAAGGGACCACACCAAGAAAGUGAAGGAGAAAGGGAAAGGGAAAAAAGACAAAAAGCACAAGCCUCCGAAACGAAAGCAGGCAUUCCACUGGCAGCCUCCGCUAGAGUUUGGGGAGGAGGAGGAAGAAGAGGAGGAGCUUCAUGAAAAGCAAAUCACUCAAGAGUCAAAAGAAAAAAAAGAACUUUCUGAGAACAGUGAAACCACAAAAAUUGAUUCUCCCCACCCUGAGAAAGCCUGUGGCGAGGGCAGGCUCUUAGGUCAGCAUGACACAGUGACUGCGUCGUCAGCCCCAGGUCAGCUUCCUGGAGGUGACAGCAAGCCCAGUGCUUGUCCCUCAGCAUUAGAUCCUGAGGCCGAGGGUGCCAGUAUGCCCCAAAACACCCAGGAUGAGGAAGGCACCCCAAGCGAAGUGCAGGAUGUGCUUCAGACAGAUGACAACAUGGAGAUCUGCACCCCUGAGAGGAGCUCCCCAGCCAAGGGAGAGGGCACGUCCUCCCCAGCCAGUGCGAGGCUAAGCGCCCCACAGGUGAGUGUGGCUCCGCAGCAGGAUCUGCACAUGGAAGCUCCUGAAGUCGAUGCAGUACAACAGGAAAGCAGCAUGUCUGAAAACAAGACCGUGGGAGAAGAGACGCCGGCCAGCAGCACGGCCAGCACCAACGAGGGUGCCGGGAAGAAGGUGGCAGCUGGGAAGAGCCAGGGCAGCCUCUCCAGCAACAAGUGGAAGCCCUUGCAGGGUGUGGGGAACCUGUGGGCCCCAGCUGGUUCCACAUCCAGUGCUACGGAGGCAAAGGCCCUGACUGCUGUACCUGAGAUGAAGCCUCAAGGCUUGAGGAUAGAAAUCAAAAGCAAAAACAGAGUUCGGCCCGGCUCGCUCUUUGAUGAAGUAAGGAAGACAGCACGCCUGAACCGGAGACCAAGAAAUCAGGAGAGUUCAAGUGACGAGCAGACACCCAGUCGGGAUGGCGACAGUCAGUCCAGGAGUCCAAGUAGGUCUCGCAGUAAGUCUGAGACCACAUCCCGACACAGAACCAGAUCUGUCUCCUAUAGCCGCUCCAGAAGUCGUUCAAGGACUUCCACAUCGUCAUACAGAUCGAGAAGCUACUCCAGAAGCCGGAGCCGAGGAUGGCAGAGCCGAGGCCGCAGCCGCAGCCGCUCCUAUCGAAGCUAUGACAGUCACAGGACGUCCAGCAGGAGCAGGUCCAGGAGCAGCUCCUACGACCCCCACAGCCGCUCCAGCAGGUCCUACACUUACGACAGCUACUACAGCAGGAGUCGGAGCCGGAGUCGGAGCCAAAGGAGUGACAGUUACCACCGAGGCAGAAGUUACAACCGGUGGUCCAGGAGUUGUAGAUCUUACGGCUCUGACAGUGAAAGUGACCGAAGUUACUCUCAUCACCGGAGUCCCAGUGAAAGCAGCAGAUACAGUUGAAAACGACCUCUUUUGAUAUAAAUUAUGUCUUGUUUGUAAAUAUCUGGUAACUUAAAAGUUUCAGAAACUGA